CCGAGAUCCCAUGGCCGACACCGGCAACGCCCCCAGGACCGCCGCCGGUGCCGGCACUGCCGCGGCCAGGAAAGACAGCCAGCAGCCCCUCCUCCUCGGCCGCUACGAGGUCGGCAAGCUCCUCGGCCACGGCACCUUCGCCAAGGUCUACUACGCCCGCAACGUCGAGUCCGGCGAGGGCGUCGCCAUCAAGGUCAUCGACAAGGAGAAGAUCCUCAAGGGCGGCCUCAUCGCCCACAUCAAGCGCGAGAUCUCCAUCCUCCGCCGCGUCCGCCACCCCAACAUCGUCCAGCUCUUCGAGGUCAUGGCCACCAAGGCCAAGAUCUACUUCGUCAUGGAGCUCGUCCGCGGCGGCGAGCUCUUCAACAAGGUCGCCAAGGGCCGCCUCAAGGAGGAGGUCGCGCGUAAGUAUUUCCAGCAAUUGAUCUCUGCCGUUUCCUUCUGUCAUGCGAGGGGCGUUUAUCAUCGGGAUUUGAAGCCCGAGAAUUUGCUCCUUGACGAGAAUGGCAAUCUCAAAGUCUCGGAUUUCGGGUUGAGCGCGGUCUCCGACCAAAUUAGGCAGGACGGUUUGUUUCAUACGUUUUGUGGAACCCCUGCGUAUGUCGCCCCUGAGGUUUUAGCUAGGAAAGGCUACGAUGCCGCUAAGGUUGAUAUUUGGUCUUGUGGUGUGAUUUUGUUUGUCCUGAUGGCCGGUUAUUUGCCCUUCCAUGAUCAGAACGUCAUGGCAAUGUAUAAGAAGAUUUAUAAGGGCGAGUUUCGUUGUCCAAGGUGGUUCUCGACCGAGCUUUCUAAGCUGCUCACUAGGCUCUUGGAUACAAACCCGGAGUCCCGGAUCACGAUUCCAGAGGUAAUGGAGAAUAGGUGGUUCAAAAAAGGGUUUAAGCAUAUCAAGUUCUACAUCGAGGACGAUAAGCUCUGCAAUGUGGAUGACGGGGAGGAUGAUGUGGGUUCCUCGUCGGACCAGUCCUUGUCCGAGUCAGAUAGCGAAGUCGAGAUGCGGAGGAAAGUCACAACGUUGCCAAGACCCGCGAGCUUGAACGCGUUCGAUAUCAUAUCAUUUUCUAGGGGUUUCGAUUUGUCAGGGUUGUUCGAGGAUGGGGGAGAUGAGACGAGGUUUGUGUCGGGAGCUCCGGUUUCGAAGAUUAUCUCGAAAUUGGAGGAGAUUGCAAAGUUGGUCAGCUUCACUGUGAGGAAGAAGGACUGCAGGGUGAGCUUGGAGGGGUCGAGGGAGGGAGUGAAGGGGCCGUUAACAAUUGCCGCUGAGAUAUUUGAGUUGACACCGUCUUUGGUGGUAGUGGAAGUUAAGAAGAAAGGAGGUGACAAAGGAGAGUAUGAUGACUUCUGUAAUAGGGAAUUGAAACCCGGAUUGCAGAAUUUGAUGAAGGAAGAGGCGGCGGCAGCAGCAGCAGCAUCAUCUUCUUCUUCGUAUUUGCCAUCUGAUAAUGAAUAGAGAGGGAGGAGAGAAUGGGUAUGCUUUUGCCUCUCUCCUUUUCUUUGCUACGCUUCUGUAUCAUAUUCUUCUUUUUGAUGUGCUUUUCUUUUCAGGGUGUACUUAGAUCGGGCAUUAGCUGUUACUACGUAAAUUAAGUGCUAUUCUUGUAUCCAACAAGGGUAGAUUGAAGUACCUCAAAUGAAUGCUCAACUCUCUUUUAUCUUAGGCUCUUAACUCUCUGCAA